CACACAGCUAAGAGACACGACUGCACUGCCUCACACUGCAAAAGACCUUUUUGGAGAAGAAAAGAACCCGUCUUAAUCAUGAUGAAGCCCAAGAACUUUAAUCUACCCCUUCGGAGGAAAAGUAAAGGUAAAAAAGUUCCUCAAAACAGUGAGUCCGUAGGUGAACAACCAUCUGAAGAGGCCGUUAAUGGAGCUGAAGCACAGGAGAAAGUCAAACAUAGUCGUUGGAUUUCAGGCAUUAAAAAGAAGAGUGGUAAAAAACGACAAAAAGAAGACAGUCCAGAUACCCCAGUAAUUUUUGAUUUCAACCAGAAUGUUGAACAGAAUCAUUUGGCAGAAGCUAGCCAGCAACUUUUAGAACGAGAAAAGCACCUUUUCGGUCCACAAUUAUCAGCCGAGGAAGUAAUUUGUACCGACGACAAAACGGACAGUUUGCAGAAGGACUAUGAAACUUUGAUGCUUCACCUAAGGAUGGCUGUCAAUGAUUCCUUCAACAGGGAGAAUCAAAAGAAACUCAGAAGUGCUAUAAAGGCUGUGAGUGAGCAGGAAGAACAAGAUAGGUACUGGGAGGAAGUUGCUGAAGAUAAGCAUCCAUGCUGGAGGCCAUUGAAAUGCAGAGAGAUUCAUGACACCAUGCUCAGAAAAAUAGUAGAGGUACGGCUGCAGCAGGCGAACGAGGAGGAGAAUGGCACAGACAAGCUGUCCACCUCCCUUAAGAGAGAGGUGUGUCGGCUGGGCAAGCGCAUUCGAAAGGACCUGCUCUACAUUGUUGAAGACGUGCGGCAAUGUUACACGCCAGAGUUUGACAUUUGCAACAUGUAUGUUCAGCUCUAUCAUCAAGCCUUUUCUACAAAACUGAUGGAGAUUACUCGGACCAACAUUGAAUUACAAGAUAUCACCUACAUAUUAUUCUGGAUUCAUAAUUAUUAUCCAAAUGAUAUUUUGCAACAGAAAGAGCUGAAGCCACACAUCAACACUGAAACGUUAGGAGCUUUGUUACCUGGGGAGGACCUUAAGUCACUGGAGGAACAGUACCUGUCACUCAAAGAGGCGGAAAUCCUCACAUGGUUGACCAAUGCUCUUAAAAAAGAAGAGGAAAUUUGGCAGAAGAGUGACAAACUUGAGCUCUUUGAUGGAUGCUUCUUCUCCAACCUUGCUGUGGAUGUUAUACCUAUUGUUAAUGGAGCCAUGAAAGAGGCUGUGGAUAUCCUGAGUAACCGAAACGAUGCUCAGAGGAUUCUGCUUCCGCUGAAAAGCUUCCUACUGAGCUACAAGAAAUCCAUAACUGAACUUAUAAAAGGAAAGAACACAAAUAUCACAGACAGCCUGAAAGGCAGCCUGGUUAGCAUAAAGCAGCUACGGGAGUACAUAGAGAAACAGGACAAUCUCUCAGAUGAAGUGAAAGAAACAUUGCUGUCCAUUCUGUCUGAGAUGAGAAACUCCUGUGACUGUUACUUUCUCACCCCCAUACACAAGGAUCUCAAGGAGCAUUAUCGCAAGCUGUGGACUCCAGGAUGGUUGUCCGAAAGUCAUACAAUAAUUAAAGAUCUACUAAGCAUUCUACAGGAUAUGGUCCAGGACUUUAGAGACAUCCAGCCUGACUGCAAGAAGGAGCUGUUGGGACAGCUGCAUUCUGAAGUGAUGGCUACAUAUGUCAGAAGAAUGUUAAAAGGCAAACUGAAACUGAAAGACAAGGAUGACCAGGAAACAGCUGCACGCUUUCUGUGUGAGGACAGCGCCAUUAUCCACACAACAUUUAUCCAGAUAGGAUCUGAAGAGAAAUGGCUUUCCAGCAUUUUACCCAAGCUAUCAGAAGUGGUGAGGCUGCAGGACCCAGGAGCACUUCAACUUGAGAUAGUUACUCUGGCCAGAACUUACCCUGACAUCAGUGAAAGCCAAGUCCUUGCACUCCUGAACCUGAAAGCAAACCUCUCCAAGGGGGAAAUGCGCAGCAUUAAAAAGAGCCUGAAUGAGCACAGGGAUUCACUGAGUACUGAGCCGAUGCCAGCCUUCUUCUCCAAAGUCCGUUUGAAAAGAAAGUUAACUUUCACAUUGUCAACUAAUCGCUUACCUGGAGUUGAAAGAGCCCUUCUUGAAAUUGCUGGUUCAAAGUAAUGUUCAUUGAUUACCAACUAUUAAACCUGCUAUAAUAUUAUAUUUAUUAGGGGGUUUAAUAUUCAUGUAUGCUAGUCUCACUAACCUAGUUAUAGAUUACUUAUUGCAAGAGAAUCAUUUUUGGGGGGACAGGAGAAUGUAAUCAUUUCAUGUUCGCUGUUACUGUACGUAAGAAACCAUAGGUAGUGACUAUGUAUUUUUUAAGUGUUUAUAAAAGAAUCUGUGAUAGAUUUACAUAAUUCUGUGACUAAUGCCCAAUUACUGUAUGUGUUAUCGGGACAUAUAGCUGAAUGGGUUGAGGGCCAAAGUAUUAUUAAAGUAUUAUUUUUGACUUUUAUCCUAUCAUAUAGGACUCCUGUGUAUGAUGUAAUAAACAUAAAAAUGAAAGUCAUUGAAUUGCAAUCCAAUAGAAUAACCCUAUGGGCAUCCUCUAUUCGCUUUUUUUUAUGCGUUUGGUGUAUUAAAUGUUCAAUGUGGCCAAGUUUACAUUGUUAUUUGCAAAUUUCCAAUAUUUUUGGUUUGUUUGUAGAUGACCAGUGCAGAUGACAUGUACUGUAUAAUGCUUGAUAAGUUGCUUUAUUUUAAGUAAUUCAAAUGGGCAUUUCCAAGAUGUGUGCUGUGUGCUGUUAAUAAAUUUGAAAUCCUGUGUA